AAAGCUUUGAAGCAUAUUAAAAAUUUUGUCGCGAAGAAUAUUUUAUGUCGAAGAAUAUUUACCAAAAGAGAUUGUUUGUAAGUCACAAAAAUGGCUUAUCUUUUGAAUAAGACUUCCAUUUUAUGUCGACCUGUUUUUCACAAGAAUAUAAUUUCUGGUCCUAUUAAUAAAAACACUCUUGUGAAAAGUUAUGAACAUCUUACUAAUAAGACAAAUACCUGGGCAGAGAAAAAAUAUAAACUUAAGGACAAUAUAAGCAAUGGUUACAAACUUAUAUAUAGGGAACAAUUAACUAUGAAUAUGCUAAUUACUUCAACAUAUUAUGUUGGUUGGAUAAGUUUUGCUCUUAGUCUGUAUACUCUGGGAUAUUUCAUCUAUAUGAAACCACCAGUACUGAAAGGAGUAAAAAAUGUAUUAUCUGAAGAAAAAUUAACAUUAAAGCCUAUGAAUAAUUUGGAAAGAUUAUUGUUGAUACUUGCUAGUUUUACUCUAUCGAUCAUACUCAUAGUAGGCAGCAAAACAAUUCCGUUUCGAAUUUAUUAUAAUUCUGCAGAUAAAAUAUACAAGGCUGUGUUUGUAAAGGGAAUAUUAGGCAAAACACAAAUGGAAACUUUUGGUGAAGGUACCGUUAUUCCUGUAUUUAAUCGUAAAAAUCAAGCAGACUUUCUUUUUAACAUCAAUGGCCGUAUUGUAAUACUUGAUAAAGAAUGUUUCCCAGUGCAAAGUGUACGUGAGCGAAUGAUUCGCAAAACCAAGUAGAUCUAUAUAUGUAUUAUAUUUAUAUACCAUUGCAUUCUGUAUA